AUGGUUGAUUAUGUUCAUAUGAGGGACCUGGUUGGGAACAAAACCAAAUUGAAGGUUGAGAUCAAGUUCGAGCUGGCAAACUCAGAGCCAUGGCUUCAAGAGGAAGAGGAGAGAAACAAAAGGGUUGUCACUGAGUUAUACAGAGCCCUAAUCGCCAGAGAGACCCAUGCUCUCCACCGUCUUCUAGCUUCUGACUUGGAAUGGUGGUUCCAUGGCCCUCCAAGCCAUCGUCACCAUCUGCUUCCUCUUCUCGCCGGGAAGGAGGAAGCAAAGCAAUCCGUCGUCGUUUUGGUUCCUGAUGUGGUGGUAGGGUUUGGGUCGGUGGUGAUUGCUGAAGGAUUCGACGAAGCCAAUCUGGUGUGGUGGGUCCACGCUUGGACUCUCACUGAUGGGGUAAUCACUCAGGUCAGGGAGUAUCUGAAUACUUCCCUCACCGUCACGCGGCUCGGUAUCGGAGAGUCGGAGCAGCUCGGGAUUGGAGGCAGCUCCGCCUCUCCGUCAUCAUCGCCAUCCUCCUCCUCCUCUUCCUCCUCCUCCGUUGUUUCUUCCACGUGUCAAUGCAUUUGGCAGAGCAAACUUUGUGAUGAGUCUGUCCCUGGCCUUAUUCUGGCUGUCUAGUUUUAUCAGUGAUAGUCCAGAAUAGAAGGUUUGAAUCAAACUUCCUAUAUACAUAAAUAUAUAUAUAUAUAUAUAUAUCGUAUAUGUAUCAUGCACGUGCGUGUCCCAUAUACCAACGUGCUUUCUUCUGUUUAUGUCAAAGGGUCACUCUGUUAAUAGAUUGCAGUGCUUAUUAGCUACAUAACUUUAUGUUAGAUUUACUAAAGAAGGUCAAGUGCUGGUAUACCUGGUUGCGUUCUAUAGAAUAGUUUAUGAGAUCAAAGUGCUGUGGCUUAUAACCCCAACGAUUAGAUCAGCUGGUCAGGCCUGUUCUAGUUUAACUACAGGUCUCGAGUUCGAUGUGUGAGAAUGUUAAAUUAGUUUAAGUCCGUGUUGUGUCUAAAAAAUAGCCUGGCUUAGGAUACCAGAUUGUGUUUGUG